AUGUAUACGGUAAGCACCGUGUUUUAAGUAUUUUAUAAUAGCGUACUUUAUUUGUUGUUGUGAAUUUAUUUACAUAAUUAGGUACCUAUUUGACAUUUGUUAAUAGGUACAAUUUUUCUUUACCCUGUCUGAUAAACUGUAUUCUAUAAUUUAAUCUUAUUUUAAAUUGAUGAUUUUAAUUAUUCUUAGGUUUAUAAAAAAGAAACUAGGUAUUUUUUAUUUUAUUUUAUAUUUACCUAUUUAAAAUUUAUAUAUGUUAAAUAAAAUAUGCAAAUAUGGUAAUAUGAAGAUAAAAUAAUAAACAUGAGAGUGAAAACUGUUUUCAGAAUUUCUAUGAUUGUUAUUCAUUAGCUAAAGCAUCACUAUUUGACCAUUUUCUAUUUAACCUUUGUGGGUUGUUGGAAAGGUUGACAUGCAAGAAUUAAUAUGAUUAUUAUGAUUGUACAUUUUGUUGUUUAAGGGGGACCGGCUGUCUGUUUUCCAAAUUUUGAAAAUUUUUUAUAACAUUAAUGAUUGUCUAAAGAUAAAACGUUUCCACUGGAUACUGCCUAAUUCAUAUUUAGAUAGAAUAGUAUAAUCAUUAUACGGACUUAAAGCGAAAAAUAGAAUGUCUGGGAAUCAGUUAAAUGAUAAAAUGAGAAACAUUGUGAGACAGCAUGUCAUAAUUUAAAAUUAUAUUUGGCUGACUAUAUGGCACUAGAUCCACCAACAUUUUAAAAAUAAUGUGGAUUAUGGAAUUUAAAUGUUUUCCUUGAUAGGCAAUUGCAUUAGUACCUACAACUAAAUUAAAAUACCUAGUCUCAUGUAACUGAAUUCAUAAGUUGUAUUUAAGUACGUACUAAAUGAUACAUUUGCUGUCCUUUGGUAUGUAGUAACAUAAAGUAAAUAAAUACUAAAUAUGCAUUUAAUCUAUACAAAAUAGUUAAUCAAUUAAUUUCGGUACUAGUCCUCAGAACAGAUUGAAAAAUUUGAAUACCACUUUGUUUAAAAUUCUACCAAAGCCCAAUAUUUGGGUAUUCAUAAAAAUUUUAACUACUAAAUAUUUUGUUUAUUAAUGAAAAAUAUUUGUAUUGCUGUAAUAAAUUUAAUUUCCUAAAAAGAAUUAAUAAAGUUCAAGCUCUCAUUUAUCAUAUAGACUUUCAGUGCCUAGAUUUGUAUUAUUUAUUUGUUGUUUUUAAUUUAUAUUCAAUAUUUCAAUCACUUGUCUAUAGAUCCGACCAUGGUGGGUAUCAUAAUACACGCCCAACUAUGGUCAGAAAGAUAAAGAACACCCGACCAGAAAAAAAGACCGACAUACUAUUUGCAUGAUGUGUGGGCCACUGUUGUAGGUGAUAAGUUAGGAAAAUGUAGAAGGGAAUUUAAUGUUUUAUGUAUGUAACGAUUAAUCAUUGCUAAUAUAAAAGUAUUCUGAGCAGAAUUCGGUUAUAUGUUAUAAUAGCCUGUUUGGUGGUCGGUCCAACAAUUUUUUCCACAGAGUACUAGCAAAACUAUAAUUGUCUAUAUAUAGCUCAAAUACACUAAAAUAUACAACAUAAUUAUAAUAUUGUAAUAAAUUAUUAUUUAUCUCUAGGUAUUUAGUUUUGUUAAUUAAUUGUUAAAUUAAGAAAUUGAUUGAGACUGCACCUUUUCGCCACCAAUUUUUUUUCUUUUUAUCAAGAAUGCUUAAUUUAUAUAUUUCAAACAUAGUUCUAAUUGUAUUAGUCCUAUAAUAUUUAUUUAAUUCGUAAAAAUAUGAAUAAUAGAUUUAUACAGUCUGAACUAUUUUUUAUAAAAAUAUACCUAAUGAAAUUUGUGUUUGAGAAAAAAUUUACUGUGAACCAGAAUUAAGGCUAUAAGUAUAAGUACCUAUCUACACUAGAGUGCUACUAAAUCGACUCACUCACAAAAAGGCAUAUAUUUUUUAAAAUGGCUAAACCAAUUUUCACAAUAUAAAUAUUUUUUGGAGGCUUAAUGGUUUUACUUUACACCAUUAUCUUAAAAAUGUCUUCAGAAUUUUUAAAUUUAUUUUGUAAAAAUUGAUUGGUUAAGCCAUUUUAUAAAAAUAUGCUCUUUUGUAGGUGAUUUGAUUUAGUUACACACUAGUGUAUAUUAUACAUUAUAAAUUAUAAUAACAAUUCAAAUAUUUCAUUGUUUAAAUUUCAGGGUACUAGUGCUGACCAAGAUACUCGAUUCAGUGAUAAAGAAAAAAAACUAUUGAAACAAAUGAAAUUUAGUGAAUCUUUAAAUGCAAAGGUAUCUCAUUUAAAAUAAUUUAUUUGUUCUCUUAUGUAUACACGUGAAUAGAGAAGACAUAAAAAUACAGCUGGAUAUUGUAUUUUUGUUAGUUUUUUAAAACAAAAAAUUGUUUUGAUUUCCAUUCAACCUUUUGUCUCUAUUAUUUCAUUUACACAUGAUACUCUCAUAUGUCAAAUUUUUAAUUAAAUUAUAUGCAUAUAAUUUAACAGGUUGAUAUGAAUAAAGUAAAACUGGAUACUAUUAAACCUUGGAUCGGUAAAAGAAUCACAGAGCUGUUAGGUAUGGAAGAUGAUGUUGUAGAAGAGUUUGUAAACAACCAAUUAGAAGCAGAUACUGUAUGUUUAUUUAUAAUAUAUUGAAUAAAUAAAUAAAUAAAUAAAAAUACACAUUGUUAAAUAAAUACUUUUUUAGUGCCCUGAUCCAAGAAAAAUGCAAAUUAAUCUUACGGGUUUUUUGAAUGGCAAAAACGCUCGAGUGUUUAUGACAGACUUAUGGGAAUUACUUAUAUCAGCACAAGAAUCUCCAUCUGGUAUUCCUCCUAAAUUUAUUGAGCAAAAGAAAGAAGAACUAAAAAAGAAAAUGGUAAACUAUGCAUUUAUAUUGUGAAAAAAUUUUCAUAUUACCUAUAUUAAGUUUAUUUUUACAAAUCUGUUAUAGAAAUGUCUAUAAUAUUUUAUUAAUGAUAUUCAAUGCAUUCAAAUGUUAUGUGUUAUUUUAUAUUAAAAAAAUAAAGUCUAAAAACGCUAUUUGUAACAUUUUAAGUGGACAAAUGUUUAAUACACAACACAUAAUCAAUAAACGCAAAACGCAAUAAUUAAAAUAUCAAUAAAUGGUAAUUAUUGUUAAACAAAUAAAUUGUAUUAUUAUAAUUGUAAAUAGAAAUUGAAAAUUAAGAUAAUGUUUUAAUUUGGUUUUUCGAACGUGACAAUAUUUUAUUGCUAUACAAAUAAAAUGUAUUAAUUUUAUAUAAUAUUAUAAGAUGGGUACUAUUUUUUUUUGCCACAAUUAGGACGGAAAUUCCUAUGAAUACAUGUAGUAGUUAAUCACAUAAUAUAUAAAAGUUUGAUUUAUUUUUAAUAUUGUUAUUAUUUGUUAUUAAUAUGGUUUGGGACUUUAUAGCAUUUAUUGCCAUCAAAAUAAGCAGCAAAAAAGCACUUAAGAAUAUUUAAAUAAAAAAACAAGACAAAAAUUAUGAACAAGUUUUAACUUCUGAUAAAUUUUUUGAAAAAUAAAUUAAAAUUUUUAAACAAUUAGGUAAAUAUAAUCUACAACUUUUUCAACGAUAUACCUUUUCACAACAAUUUUUAAAAAUAAAUAAAAACGGUUGCUUAUGAUAACUUUAUUUUUAGUUUUAUAAUCUGUUUUAACCUAAAGAACCAUUUUUUUCUCAUGAUCUCAAAUAUUAAUAAGAAUAGCAAAAUCUUUUGCUUAACUUAAAAUCUAAAACAGAAAUUAACCAAAAUAUUUAGUUUUUUUUUAUCUAUGAUACGUAUUAAUUAAACAAAAAUAUAAUCAGAAAAACUAAAAAAAGUAUUUUCAAUUUUGAUAUUUGUUUCCACAGUACUGCUAGAUUUUAUGUUGAGCCAAAAAAAUAAGCAGCUUAAAGCCCCAAAUUCUAGUUAUUAAUAUUUCUAUAGUAUUGAGCCCAAUUGCUUAGUUGUUCACUAAAAGUUUAGUUUGAGGUAUUGACAUCAUUAAAUUAUUCUAAGUGUUAUAUAAUAUUCUAAAAAUGGUGUAUACACACAUGUUAAAAAAUUAAAUUUAAAAAAGUGAAAACAUUAAGUAAAACUGAAGAUGUAAAAAAAAAAAAUAUUUAAAAACAAAACAUAAAAAAUAAAAUAAAAUAUUAUAAAUAAUUCAUUAUUCUAAUAUUUAAGUGCUUUAUUGUUGGCCUUAUAGGAAGAUCAAGAACGCGUUGGGGAUAUGAUUAAGAAGUUUGAAAAGGAUAAAGAAGAUAGAGAAAAGGAGAGGAAAAAAGAACGAGAAAGGUAAAUUUACAAAGAAAAAUAAUAUUUUUUAUUUAUUAAUUUGAAACCUUCAAUGCAAUAAUAGACUAAUCCUUUUACAUUCUCCAUUAUUAAGUCAUUUGUCAUUAGCUCCAUUCUUGCUCCCAACAAUAUUUUUAACUAUAUUGUAAAAUAACAGUUUAUGUGCUGUCAUUUAGUGAAUAUUAAGUGAAAAAUGAGGUUUAAAUUAAAUUAAGUUUGACAAAUUUGUGGUUUAGUCCAUUAAUGUACUGAAAGCCUCGUUUAUGGUAUGUACUCAGUUUUAUACAUUUUUCAACCUUUUUAUUUUGUUUUAUAAAAGUUUGUUAUAAUUUGAGUUUUUUGUGUAUUCCAAAAGUUUUCAACACUUUGGUUUAUACCAUGUUAUAUACUAAAAUAUCCAACUUCUUGAUGCAUUAUUUACAAAAACAAUAUUUUUUAUGUAUAUUAAAUUUGUCUUUUUUAUUGUUUUCUUAUAAAUCAAAUUAUGUUUUUAUUUCUGUUGUUUAAAAUACCUUUUUAAAUAAUAUCACAUAUUAUAAAUCCUUAAGUUUCCUCAUUGUUUAUUUAGAAUAUUUAAUUUAACAUAAAACACAAUUAAUAAUUAGAAUUAUACAAUUGGUCUCCUGAUAUUAUCCUGAAUAUUUCAUUUCUUAGUUUAGAAAGAGGAUAUUGUUGAUUGAGUUAAUAUGGUUAUACAUAAUUCAUUAGAAUACUAAACAUAGGUUUUAAAAAAGUGUAUUUAUAUUUUAAUAUAUACAUCUAUUAAAUAUAUACUUAUUAUUUUAGAAGGAAAAGUCGUAGUAGAUCACACACUCGAGAUCGCCGUAGUAGAUCUAGAGAUCGCCAUCGUGAUAAAAGAGAUAAGGAGAGGGAAAGAGAGAAGUAUAAAGAUAAAGAUAAAGAUAAAGAACAUGAUUCAGAUAAAGUGCGAGAAAAAUAUGCUAAAAGAGAGUAAGUAUUCUUUUUAUGUUUUGAUUAUAGAUUCGAAUAAAAGUAAUAAAUAUUGGAUUUUUUUUUUUUUAUUUCAAAAAGAUUUGUAUGUUAUUUGCAACAAAGAUACAUAGAUAAUAUCAUCAUUAACCAUAUUUUUUUACUUCUCUUUAUUAUUUUAUUUUCUCCAAUGUGUCAUGCUAUCAACUGUGAAAUACAACUUUUAAUAAUCAAAAUAUGUUAAAUUAUUAAGGUGGUUGAAAGUGGGUUGUAUUUUUAUGCAUUUAGAUCAAUACGCGGAAAAAUAAACAACAUACUUCUAGAAGUCCGAUUUUAAUUUUGAAAACCUUAAAAUUCAUUAGAUUCAUGUUUUGUAGGAAAUUAAUUUUUUAGUAAUACUAAUAAAAAAUAAUCUUUGAGAUAUGGUGAAAUACAUUUAGUAUUAUAAAACAACAAAUCUUAUAAAAAUCUUGCUCAAAUCUAAAUGCACCAUUUUUGAAAGGAAUUAUUAAAUAUUGUCAAGAUCUUUCUUUUGGAAGGUCAUUUUAAUUUUCCAAUCAGUUUUCAUAAUAUCUGGAAAAAACCAGGAUAAAAGUUUAGAAAAAGGGGAAAUUUACAAAAAAAAAUGCUUUUUAUUAUUUUCAAUUUUGUUAUUUGUUGUAAUUCAGUUAAAAAUAUUUGUAGAGACUUAAAAUUUAGACAUAAAAUUUGCCUUUUCUAGACAUGGUAAAAAUGUUUUCAAAAAAGUCAUUUUUGAAUUAUUUAUAGGCAUUUAAUUUCGGGAGUUCUAUUAGUAAUUUUUUUUCGAUAGAUAUUUUGUGAUAAAAUUGUUUAACUUAUCAAAAAUGAGUAUAAUGUAUUAUUCUUAUUUUAUUUAUUUUUUUAAUAAUAGUUAUAAUCAAAUUUUGAUGAAAAUAUUAAAUAUUAUAGCCUUUCAAAAAUGUAUAACCGAACUUCGCUCCAAAUCGUUUUUCGUUAGCAAUGGUUUAUUGUUGGUUACAGAUAUAAAUUAAAUAACUUUAUAUACCUCAGCUUCUCACCAAAAGUAGUUUGUUGGGAAUUUUUCCGAGCUGAAGACUAUUUUUCACAGGGCUAUGAUAAAAACAAGCAGUUUUAAUUUGAAGGAAAUAAAAAAUUAUAAUAAUUAUUUAAAUAAUUAAUCUAGUUUAAAACCAAAAGUAAAUUUUGAUAAAAAUGCCAUUUAUUAUCUGUUGCUAUGAUGAAAAUUCAGUGAGUGGUGGUGAACAGAUUAUGUCACACUUAUACUGAUGAUCAUUUAUGACUAACAGAGAUAACUGUUGGGGGUGGCAAGAUUAAAAAUUGCCUAAAUACUACAUCUUAUAAAUCAACCACCUUUAAUAUAUUAAUUUAUUAUGUACAGUUCUCGAUCUAAGUCUAAAGGAAAACUUGUCAGUAAUGGACAUAGUUCUCCAGCCAAAAAAGAUAAAAGUCAAAGUCGUUCUCCAAAAAAGGAUGCUGUUUUAAAUGAAGAAAAAUCUAAUUCAAAUACCUCGUAAGUAUUUAAUUUGGUUAAUCCUGAUUAUUAUCAUACUUGAUUCUAAUGAUUAAUAAACAUGUUAUAUUCUGAAUCUAAAAGUUUCAGAAGCAAAAUUAAUACACUUUUAUUCUUUUAAAUUAAAACCAUUAUUUUUAGUAAACAAUUUAUGAAGAAAAAAAAUACAGUAAAUGUAAGAGCUAAACAUAGAGGCAUAGAGUUGACAUCAUUCACAUCAAUACUAUUUUAAAUAUUAAAAUUGUAUAACAACAUAUUGUUUUUACUAUUAUUAUUAUCAUUGAUUACUUAAUUUAAUAAGUUAAAUAAUGUGAAAAAUUCUAUGUUUAAUUAAUCUAAUAUCCAGUUAAAUCACUUACAUACUCUUAACAUUGUGUAUAUUAACUUAAAUUGCAGAAAUAUAUAUUUUUGAAUUAUUUAAUUUUAGUGUUUCUCCAGUUGUGGAAUCUAAUAAUAAAUCUAAACCUAAAGACCGGUCAUCAUCUAGAGAUUCUACAAAACGUAGAGAAAGAAAACGUCGUCAUUCUUCUUCAUCAAGUCAUAGUUCAACUUCAUCAAAUUCUUCUCCCAGUCCUGGUAUUUAUUAACUUUUUUUUAAUUGAUAAAAUCCAAUUGAAUUAUUCUAUAUUUUUUUAAAAUAAAUUAGAUCGUAAAAAAGAUAAUUUUGAAAUACAAAAAAAGGAAAAUAGUAUCCAAAAAAAAAGACAAUAUCGAACAAACAAAGAUGAUUCUUCAGCUACUGAAUCUGACAAAGAUAAAUCUACAGACAGAAGGGUAAUAUUUUUAUAAUAAGAUAACCAUAUUAAAAAUAAAAUAUUUCUUCAACUAUAGUAAUUGAAAUAAAAAAAAUAUAUAUAUAUUUUAUUUUUAUUUUUUAAAUUAUCUAAGGAUCGCCGUGAUCGUUCUAAUUCUCGUUCAAGACGUCCUAGGCGGGGUUUCAGUCGUAGUCGCUAUCGUGAAAAGAGUCGUGAUCGAUAUUAUAGAGAUAGAGAUAUAGAACGACAAAGGGAAAGGGAUCGUAUUCGCCGUGAUCGUGAACGUAGAGAUAGAGAUAGAGAAAGAGCAAUCCGAGAAAGAGAACGUGAACGUGAAAAACGUGCACAAAGAGAAAGAAAAGAUAAAUCAUCACCUCGAAGAAGGUAAUUUAUUGCAAUAAUUACAAUUAGUUUAUAUUAAUGAAUAUUUACCAUUAUUAAAAAUUUCUACUCUCAGUACUUAAUUUUUGAUUUCUUAUAUUUUAUGUACAGGAAAACACGGAGUCUAGAAAGAAAAUCCCGGUCUGGUAGCAGACGUUCUAGAUCUCGUUCAAAAUCUAAAGUAUGUAAAUUUUUAAUGUAUAUUUUUUUCAUUAUUUGUACAAUUACUAAAAUACAUUGUAAAAAGUUAAGUAUUUUUGAUACUUGUCUAUACAUUAUCUCCAUUUUUUCAUUCCUUUUAAAAGAGUUGGAAACAGUUAAUCCUAACUUUCUCUAGUUUUUUAAAAUAUGCAAAUUAUUUCUAUUUUUUAAAUCACUUUUCCAAAUUAUUAUCUAAUACUUAAAAUUUUGAAAACCUCUUUGUUUUCUUUUUUAUGUGUAUGGUAAGUUUACUUUUUUUUAUAAUAAUAUCUUCAAAAAAGAAAAUAUUUUCCUGCAAAAUAGAAAAGAAAUAUAUGAAUUAAAUUCAUCUUUUUAAACAGAAAUUAGAGUACAGGAAUUAUUUUCCUCCAACAUUUAUUGGUCUAAAUGUACGAAAAAAUUAAUAUCUUUCAGCUGCCUUCAGUGAAUUAUUGAAAUGUAAUUAUUUUUGUUAUUUCAAAAUUUUAUUUUAUUUUUUUGUGAUAUUAAAGCAGUAAAACUUCCUAAUAGCCAAUGUUUUUUAAAAAAACUGGGAUAUUUUCAUUGAUUUUCAAUAAGAAAACCUCCAAAAGUGAAACCUGAAACAUACUCCUGCUUGUACAACAAUAUCAAAGUCUUAAGUACUAAUAUUUCAUGCAUUUAAUUAUAUGAUGGUUUUUAACACAAUGAUUCGCUAUAAAAAUUAAAUGGUUGUCACUUAGUGAAAAAAUUUCAAUUUUUACCUUCCGUUGAAACAAUGAAAACUUAGGAGUUUGUGUAUUAGCAGAAUAGGAAAAACACAGAUUACAGAUUUUGUUUUUAACAAAGAAGACAUUUUUAAAAUGUGGAUUAAAAAUGGAAAUGGUAAGUGCACAUGAACAUGUGAAGGCACUGUAAUUGAUAACAAAGUUUUGGUAUGGUUUGGCAAACAAAUUUGCUUUUUUAGGAUCAGCCAUACCGGAAAAUGCUGAACUGGAGUUUAUGAAUUUAACCCAGUGCAUCCAUAUUUUUCCUUUUACACAAUUACCCUUUAUUAAUUUCAAAAAAUUACCCCUUCUGAAUACCAGACACCUCUAAUAGUGAACAAAAUUUUGUUGUCUGAGUGUGACCACUAUUCAGAAGUUUCAUUGUACAUCACUAGAGCACGGAUGUUGUAGUAGUAACAAGUAGUAAAAUUGAUUGCAGUAUUGCUCUAAAAAAAUACUGAAAAUUGCAUUAAAAAAUAAAAAUUAUUUUACAAAAAUGGAAAUAGUUUAAUCAAUUUUUUUGUAAAUAUAACAAGAACAGUCCUUGAUUGCUCAAAAUUCUCGGAGUGACUGAAGAACAGAUUUUAACAGUCAAACAGUCACAUUUUACAAAUUAUUUUUGUAUUUUAUCGAAUACCUACACCUACCAACUUGGAAUUAUCAAAAUAAAAAAUAUACCAUUAUUCGAUUUUAUGGCUGGUAAUAUCAUAGUAUAAUCUUAUCUAUAUGAUUGUCAAGUGUUGACUAUUAAGAAAAUAGUUGUAUAAAUGAGUAAAUUCAACAAAAUCGAAAAAAUUCCAAAACGUACUUAAAACUUUUACAUUUGAAUUUGUAUUUUUGUGAAACAUUUAAAACUUAGCAAUAUAUGCAAAUGCAACAAUAUCUGUGCUCUAUACAUCAUAUUAUAUUUUCCUUUUAAUACAAUCUAUUUUACAUUUACUAAAUUUAUAAUUAUUUGUUUACUAUUUAGAAGAGACCAAGUAGAACAUCACAUAGCAAAGAACGUAUUGUUAAGGAUUUGAAUACAGGUUCUCCAAUAAAAAAAGAUAACAUGUCUAAAUCAAAGGUAGAAAAUGUAUAUGUUAUUAAAUAUUUUCUGAGUUUUGAACUACUUUUACUAAUGCUCCAAUUUAACUUGAUUAAUUUCUUAUUUUUUAAAAUAUCAUUUAAUAGAUAUCUCAAGAAAGUUUAUCCAGAACCCCUUCACCUUUUAAGAAAACUGAUGACAAGCCAGAACGAAAAUCUAUAAAAGAAAGAUUGUAAGUAGUUUUGGAGGUUUUUAUUUUAGAUAACUAUUAAUUUUUUUGGAAUAAUUUACUACUUUAUUUAAGGGGCGUUAGAGAUGAACAAACCACUAAAACUUCUCAGUCUCAAAGAUCAAGAGGACGGUCACCAUCUUCAGAAAAGAAAAAUAAUACAGACAAAAAGUAUAUAUAUUUAAAUAUUUUUUAUUUUUAAUAACUUAUUUAAGAUUAUUCUUAUUUAUUUAAAAUUUAAAUGUAUAUUUUAGGAAUAUAUCUAGUUCAAGACGUAAAUCACCAUCUCCUGUCUUAAAGAAGAAAGAGGAAGUAAGCAUUUAUACAAUAAUACAUAUUUUUAUUAAGUUAUUGAAUUCAUAAGUACUUGUAUGAGGUAAAAAUCCUAUGUAUCUAAUUUGAUAAUAAUCAUGAUUUAUGUAUCAUAUUUCUACUUGUAUAGUUUCUUUUUGUAAAUGUUACUAGCAUUUUCCAUCUGUUUGCACUCUUGUGUUCAUUUUUGUCUAUUGUCACCUGCACUCAUUAGUGCAGUAGAUAACACUAAGUUAGAAUUAAUUCUAGUUUUCCUAUUAACAUUCUUGUCGUUAACCCCUACAUUUUGUAGUAGAGCCCAUACCUUACUACUAAAAUGUGUAAAAUCAGUUUUAUCAAUUAAGUUAAUCCAUUUCUCAUUUCAAAUUAAAACCAGGUACAUAGUUCUUUUUAACUUAGGAAUGAAUUUUUUAUGGUGAUAUUAAUGACUAAUGUAUAAAAAAAAAAAAAAAAAGAGAUCAGUUAUUAGAGCAAGGCAGGAUCCACUGAAUAUUGUCUUCAAAGCAUUUAGUGAAAGCAUGCUAAUUAGCCUUCUGAAAGUUCCACUUAAGUUUUGGUACUGGCUUAUUAAAUGGACAUCAAAUCUUCUAAGAGUAGAAAGUUUGUUAAUACAUUUUUGGUUAUCACAAAAGGGGAGCCUCUACCCUUAUCUCAAGACACGAAUCAGGUCAUGGAUUGUAACACGUUUUCAAUAUGCAUAGUGGAAUGUCUCUUUGUUUCGCAUAGUGCAUUAGUACUAGUUUUUCAUUUGUAUCCAAUUCAUUAUAGCUCCACAUCGUGUAAUAACUGUUAAACUCACCAAAUAUACAUAGGUUACCUUUUAAGUCUUACAAAAAAAAAAUUAUCACAUAACAUUAAUUAUUAAAAAUGGUUUCAUUGUUUUUUUUAUAAUUAUCUCCAUUAAUAACUAUACACUUUCAUGCUUUUGAACCAAUUCUCAAAGCACUUUUUCCACUCUAAUUCAGUUCCAAAACAUAUAUUUUGAAUGCAUUGACCACUUUAGUUGUCAGGAAAUGUUGACCACACAAUUUUUUUUGGUGUGCGGGAAUUAAAAGAAGUCUUAGAAGUUUUAGUUGGCAAAAUAUGCCGCUGUUUUAGCAUGUGAAAGCAUACUUUCCCAUGGUUUUUUUCCCUUAUUUUUUUGAAGAAUUUUGGUAAACAAAUGGAGUACCAUUCAGAAUUGACCUUCCUAAUUGCCAUAUGUCCAGUUAUGCUGAUAAAACAAGUGACUAUUUGUUUCAAAGAGCUUUGUGUGCGAACAGCUUAAGUUGAAUUUGACUCACCUUGAAUGACCCAUAUUAUCGAUUGUUGUUUACUUUUCAGAUCAUACACAUAAAUCCAUAAUUCAUCACAAUCUUAUAAACAUCUUGAAGUACCAUGACUGUAUUUUUUCAACAUUUCUGUGCACCAAUUUACACAAACCUUUUUUUGAGCUAGUGUCAAAUUGUAUGGGAUCUAAUAAAAACAAAUCUUUUUAACAACCAAAUGUGCAUGCAAUAUUGAAUAUACACUAGUUUAAAUCAUACUUAAAGAUAUCUCAAUUUCACAAUAAGUCACAUGAUGGUUGGUUAUGUCAUACAUUGCGAUAAAAAAUAAAUUGGUUUUACAAUAAUGUUUAUUUUUUUUCUGUGGACAAUUUUUCUUACAAUUUCAAGUAUAUCACUUUUUCUGAAAGGAAAUCUGAUUGGGAUGGUACUUUAGGGAGGUCAUUUUUUGAUGUUCCCAGCUGUUUUCAUAAUUAAUGAAAAAAAUUGGAAUAUGUAUUUUGUUUUAAUUUAGUUUAAAAUAUUUGUAGAGACUUAAGGUUUUUACAGAAAACUUAUGUUUAUUUUUUGUAGACAUGAUAAUAAUGAUUUAAUUUGAUUUUAUAUGGAUAAAAUAAUUUUAACUGAAUGAAAAUAUUUAAAUAAAAUUUAAGGAAAAGUUGAGGUGAUUGGUGUAGUGAUUUUAGAUUCGAGUGGAGCGAAGAAGCUUAUGGUUUUACAAAGAUUUUUUUUUUUAUCUGUGCAAAAUUUGUCUAAAAGAAAAUCGGACUGGAGAGGUAUUUCAGGGAGGUCAUUUUUCAAUUUUUUCUCAAUAACUAGAAAAAACUGUACAUUAAACAAAUAUUAGAGAAAAUAAAUAAUGCCUAUUUAAUUAUUUUACUGUUAUAUGACAUUUAUAUUAUUGAAAAAGCAUCACUAUCUACUAAACUCCGCUCAAAAUAAUUUUUUUUCGUUAGCAAUGGUUUAUCGUUGCUUACAGGUACACAUUAAAUUAUUUUAAACAGUAGCUGUACCCAUUCUCAUCCAAGGACACCUUUUUUUUUAAUUGAGUCUACAUUUUGAUUAAAAAUCUGUAUUAACAUAUUUCACUUAUAAUAAUUAUUUGUAAGUUAUUUAUUGUUGUAUACAGAUAUAAAAUAAAUAACUGUAUAAGAAUAUAGUUAUUGACCAGAUAAAGUCUUGCCAACUUCCCAUUUAUAACAUUGAACAACAAUAAAAAUCAAUAAAAUCAGCUCUUUUUGUUAAUUUAAAUUUAAUGAUUUAUUUCAAUUGUUUUUUAGGAUAAAUUAAAAAAAUCUAAUAAAAAACAUGAAAAUUCUGUAUCUGAUGCUGAAAAACCUAAAUUGAAGAAAAAAGAAGAAUCAAGUUCGUCUGACGAAUCUGUAAAAAAGACCAAAAAGAAAGUUAAACGAGAUUCAAGCUCUGAUGAUGAAAAAGUUAAAGCUAAAAAAAGAAAACUGAAGGAUUCUACUUCAUCUGAGGAUGAUGAAUCUAAAAAGAAAAAGAAACGUAAAAAGAGAUCAUCCAGUUCAAGUUCAGAUGUAUGAACUAUCUUCAAGUUAUUUAAUAUAAACAAUUUUAAUAAUUAUCUUACUUAUAUAGGAAAGUGAUGGAGAUGAUAGAAAGAAAAAAAAGGACAAAAAACAUAAAAAACACAAGAAGCAUAAGAAGCAUAAAAAACAUAAGAAACGCAAGGCUGAAGAAAGUGUAAGUAUAUUAUAAAUUUAUUAUUAAGUGUGCGAUUUUAAUUUUAAAUUAUUUUAUUAUUAACACUAGGGUUCUGAUAUAAAGUCAGGAGAUGAAUCAGAACAACGUCUAAGGGAGAAAGCACUGCGUUCUAUGAAAAAGAAAAAUCAAGCAAAACACGAUGGAACUCCCAAUAGUAAUAGCAGUGAUUAA